GUUGCCGAUCAAGUCUGUUCGUGGAGGGUGGACCGAGAUCACAGUUUGACUGGCUCGUUCCCCCGGCAUCUUCACCACUUCAAGUGAAUAAUCGUGUUCCCAGUUGACAAGUUCCAUAAGCAAGUGAGUGCCCAGGUUGUGUUGUAAGAGCCGAACAAUAAUCGUUAACACCCAUGGAAAUGGGCACCUUGAUUCGAUCGUGGAACACCAAAGCUCAGCGGAGCUGGAACCAAUUGGAUUGGUGACCAAUGUGCCAUGGAUGGAAAUUCGCCCAGAGGCAUGACCCGACCUUUGUUAAUGGCUCAGAGCUCGGAUUCCAAUUGCAGUCACCUUAUGGCCAAUGGGUGGUACCCGACCACAGGGUCGACGGAGAGAACGCAAGUGAAGACCCCCAAACGAGAUGGCUUUUCUUGUAAGAUUGAAAAUGGCCACGCUACUCCUCGUGGAGCGGAUAUCGUCAAGAGGUCUUGGACGAACUUUGAAACCUUUUGCAACUGCACCAGUUUGCAUGGAUGGAAGUACCUGUCCACCAAUGUCAAUAAGACCUUAAGGAUUGGCUGGGUGUGUGUGGUGCUCGCCUCCAUGGGUGUUGCCUCGUUCUUUCUUGGUUAUUCGCUCAAUGACUUCUUGGCCUCUACAGUACAAACCACUCAAGACACAUCCAGAGCCUCAUUGGACCACGUGUUCUUUCCCUCCGUCACCUUGUGUAACAUCAAUCAAGGUCGAAGGUCGUUCUUUCUCCAAAACGGCCUCAACCAUGAUGGAUCCAUGCUUCAUUCCGUCCUCGGGCAGGCCUAUUUUGGACUCAAGGAGAAUUUGUCGGAUAGUCAAAUGGAAAAACUUAGGGCUCUUUUUAGCUCGGAAGAGGUCAUGAGAAAGGGCAUCUUCACAGACAUGAUGUAUAUGAAGACCACUUCGAAAGAAGAGGCCCAGACAAUGCCAGACAUUGACCAAUGGCAAGAGAGUCAAAGUUUCGACUUCAUCACAGAUGCGGGCUGGUAUUUCAAAACAUUAGCCGCUCAAGAACCUGGAGAGAACAACGUUUUGUUAGCCUCAUAUGGGAAGACCUUCAAGGACACCGAGCAACAUACGGACUUGUUGCCUUUCUUCGGGACCGACUACGGGUUAUGCAGUUUGGUCAAGCCUCAAAUAUCUUUCAACCAAACCCUUAGUCAGUUACCUUUUGAGGUUCUAAUGACCAAUUACACACGAACUAUCAAGCCCGGUAUCCAAUUGGGCAAGGAGAACGGACUCACGUUGCUCCUGGAUGCCGAAGUCUACGACUACGCCUUCUCCCCUCAACGCGGUGAAGGCUUCAAAUUGGCCAUCCAUUCUCAUAUGGAUCAGCCCAUCAUGGCACUAAGUGAUAUCGAUCUUAGUCCCGGGUUCGUCACCCAACUAUCCGUCACCCCGACCUUGCGGGAUACCACGAAUGCCGCUCGUUGGCGGUUCAGUCCGGAGGAACGUGGUUGCUACUUUGAUGGAGAGCUCGAGUUCAAAUAUUUGCCGAGUAGCUUAUACAGAUAUGGACUUUCCAACUGCCUGUUCGCUGCCACUUAUGAUCAAAUCCUAGAGCGAUGCCAAUGCGUCCCGUUCUUCCACACCAUGGCCUACAACGAUUAUCCGCGGAUAUGCUCGGGCACGAGUUUGAUGUGCAUGAACGACAUCCUUCGCGAUAUCGGAAGUCACACCCACGUGAAAACCAACCAGAGUGGCCAGAUCGUUUGGAAGCCCUGUCUGUUCUCGUGCCAAGACCAAAGCUACACCACGUCCGUGACCACGUCCACAUUCCCCAACAUGCACACGUUUCUCCGUGGUCCAGAGUUCUGUCUCAUGCUGCGGAAGCUCAAAUCCUCGUGCCAAACGUCGAAAAACAUCACUCUGGAUGAGCAGUAUCCGAAUUUGUGCCCACUCAUUGGUCAGUUCCCUCAGCUCUGCCUUACCAAAACAUUUGGACCCAAGGGUGAGGAGAGUUACAUUGAAUUCUUCAACGCUUCCCAUGAGAACCCUUUGCCGGAGGAGGAUGUGCUACAAGUGAUUUUCUCCGAUGAGAUGACUUUGCGGCAAGAGGCCCUUCAACUCAUUAGUUUGCUGCACAAGUAUGCCCGGGAAAACUUAUUGUUAGCUAAUAUUUACAUCAAGGACCCAGCUGUUACCAUGAUCAAACGCGAUCAAAAGAUCCCAGUGAUCUGGUUCGUGGCCAAUGUGGGUGGCAUCCUGGGCCUCUGUAUGGGUUGUAGUUUAGUGACCGUUUUCGAGGUGCUUCACCAUUUUCUUCUCCUCUUCUUGAAGACGGGUAAGAGGAGUGUGUCCAAGAUACAACGAACCAUGCGUUUAGCUAGUUUUAACGUGAAUGAACCUGCCUCCAGUCGGAGAAAUCGGAGUCGGUCCACGCGGAGAGCUGCCGGAGGCUCGCCAUUCUUCCAAAAAUACUCAAACUCCUCAUUUCCUUUGGCCGGGACCACCGGAUCCGUGGACCUCAUUCACGUCCCAAACAACCAUUGCUCAAGAAACUCUAAUUUCCUCGCCGUUCCUCUGAGCAGACAGAGGGUCGAGGAGGGAAAUUCAAAGACAAAAACCACUACAACCACCACCUUGUUACGUGUGAAUGGCGAUGCCAGUCAUGAGACUUGGAGAAGUGAGGUGUGUCGUUGGACUCAUCGUCGAACCAGUGUGUAGGCCAUGUAUUGCGCUUGGUUGUUGAGUUUCAAAUUUGCCGCCAUUUGCUAAAAUGUGCCUUUUCAGUAUAAGAAAGUCCGAAGAAGGUCGUACACCUUUGAUCAUUCCAUGGAACAGACGGCUCAAGUUGUAGUUUGCAAUCAAACUGAAAAUAAUUAUCUAUGAAUCAGGAAAUCAACAUGAAGAUAUAUUUAUAAAGUAUAUAGAUGGAAAUACAUAAAACUAGUAAAGCAUGCACUUUCAUCCCAGGGUCUACCUUCCUUUGAACGUAAGUUGAGUGACUAAUGACUUCCGCUCUUCCGAAUCCGCUUCCUUUUCCAACAGAUUUGUCUUGCCAUUUCUCUGUUGAGCGGGCACAAAACGAUCAAGAGAAAUGGAGGAAUCAUGCUUUCAAGAUAUGGUAAAUAAUACAUGCUUAAAAAGAAAUAUAUAAGCUGCAAUUCUGCUCACGUUCAA